GUGUACAGCACCGUGUAAUCUGUGAGCGUGUUUUGCGUGACGGAGACGUUCAGAUCUGACCGACGUAAUGCACCAAGAUCAAGGCUCAAACGGUGGCGCGAGGAUGAGUGCGAAGUUAAAGGACGAAGGACGUUUAAGAGCGAUGGACAAAUAUAAAAGCAAACGGACAGACAAGUCAAAACCAGACUCUGAGAGGGACUCGGGAUUCUCAGACGGCAGCUCUGAGCAUCUGAGUGUGAUCGAUCAGGCAGACACAGACGAUGCGGCGUGUUCUGUGGGUUCUAGAUCACGCUCCUCUCCGCUGGCCGCUGUGGUGGGGGGAACGCUGCAGCGUUUGUCACCCAUGAUCAUCAUGAACAAUGUUGUUCUGAAUCAGUCUAGAGAAACCCCUCCUCUGAAACCGUGGAGCUUCAGUCCAGCUGUUGAUGUGGUUCAGCAGCCUCAGGUCGUCUUCCUGCAGCCCGUGGUCCCGCAGAGAACUGCAGCAGCGCUAAAUCGACCCCCUUUAAAACGCAGACGACACAAAAAAUACCUCCCCAUCCUUAAAUCUUACCCCAAAAUCGCCCCUCACCCUGGAGACAAUCCACACAGCAGCAGCUCGGCUUCUAGUUCCAGCUCCGAUUCGUCAGUAAAGAGCGACAGUUUGUCCUCGUGUCGCAGUCAGAAAGACAGACGGCACGGCUCGCAGUCCAGCGUCACGUCCGACACCCCAAACGAACCCGGCUCACUUCAGUCGUCAACACGUCCUCCCCACACGUCAGCUGACUCGAAUAUGCCCGGCUGCCUUACCGAUGAAGGGCAAACACACGGGAGACCCGAAUCCACAGACAAGCGCUCCGACCCGCCGAUGCAUAAUUCACGUGUCCUUCACGGCGGCCGAGGCGACACGGACAACAAGGUGAAGCGGUUCUGCAACACGUACAACAUUCUCAGUAAGUCAGGACUGCUGAACAUUACGCUUCGCACGAAAGAGUUAAUUCGGCAGAAUCGACGGACGCAGACGGAGCUGGAGCGACUGCGCGAGCACACAAACCUCUUCAUGGAAGCGCUGCAGACGGGCGACUCGGGGAUUUGGGGCAAACUUCAAACGAGUCUGCUCGAGGAGAACAAAACGAAAGGCAAGACGCACCGUAAUGAAGACAUGAUGUAGGACACGUGGAUCUUUCUCAAAGAAGGUCAAUGAGCGAUAAACUGGAACCGUCGGUCGGAUCACGGGACGCUGAGGGGGUCUGAUGUAAGAUAAUGUGUUGAUCUUGAUCCAGCUGAUAAUGCUGAGUCACUAUGUGCAGUUCACUGGUAUUUUGACUCGUCCUGAUAAAUAUGACAUUUCAGGACCAGUUUGAUACAUAAAAACGGAUGCGAUGAUUAAAACUCUACUUCCACUGAGUAUGUAGGUCAAAAUAAAACAUUGCUUGUGUGGUUGCUCGUUCUAGAGGAGAGGGAGACACGUGACGCUGCAUUUAUAAUGUAGGAGUGAAGUACAGGUUAAAGUGCGCAACAUGAAAAAUGCUUAAUGUGACCAUGUGACUUAAGAUAAACUAUUUACACUGGAACAACUCUAACUGAGGAGGUGUGUGUGAGAGAGUGUGUGUGCGUGUGUGUGAGUGUGUGUGCGUGUGAGAGUGUGUGUGUGUGCGUGUGAGAGUGUGUGUGUGUGCGUGAGUGUGUGCGUGUGAGAGAGAGUGUGUGUGCGUGAGAGAGAGAGUGUGUGUGCGUGUGAGUGUGUGUGCGUGUGAGAGAGAGUGUGUGUGCGUGAGAGUGUGCGUGAGAGAGUGGGAGAGUGUGUGUGUGCGUGAGAGAGAGUGUGUGUGCGUGUGAGAGAGAGUGUGUGUGCGUGUGAGAGAGAGUGUGUGUGCGUGUGAGGGAGUGUGUGACGGUGUGAGUGGGAGAGUGUGUGUGUGAGUGGGAGAGUGUGUGUGUGAGUGGGAGAGUGUGUGUGUGCGUGUGAGAGAGAGUGUGUGU